AUGGCCGCACAGGACACCCGUGUGAAUCCGCUCGUGCAGCUGGGGAUCUGUGUGGGCGGCAUCUACGUCUCGUUCCUCGUUUGGGCACUGUGUCAGGAGCGGCUGUCAACGACGCCAUACCUCUCAACCGGAACCUUCCCUACAAGCGACAAGUUCCGCUCCGUCCUCUUCAUGAACACCGUCCAGUCGAUCUUCUCCGUCUUCUCGGCGUUCCUCUACCUCGUCAUCACGAAGAAGCGACACGGCGUCGCUUGGAGAGAAGUCCUGGGCUUGCCGAGCGCGCGCUCGCAGCCGACCUUACCGAAGGAGAAGGCGACCUCGAACGGGGUGAACGGGAUGAACGGGACAGCAACACAGAAGUCGACCGACGUUGGCCGUCUGCUUCGACUUUACGCCUUCAUCGCCCUCGUCGCCUCGUCCGCCGCGCCCUUCGGCUUCCUCGCCCUCUCGCACAUCUCCUUCCCGACCCUCCUCCUCGGCAAGUCGUGCAAGCUCGUUCCCGUCAUGCUCAUGAACAUCCUCCUCUACCGCCGCAAGUUCCCCUUCCACAAGUAUGCGCUCGUCGCGCUCGUUACGGCGGGCAUUUGGGCUUUCAUGGCGUUCAAGCCGUCCAAGCCUGGCAAGGUCGGGGGCCGCGAGACGAGCAGCGUCCUCGGCCUCGUCCUCCUCGCCAUCAACCUCAUCUUCGACGGCGUCGUCAACGCGACGCAGGACCACGUCUUCUCGACCUUCACUCUCGACGGCGAGCAGAUGAUGUUCUUCAUGAACGCGUUCGCAACGCUCUUCACCUUCGCGGCCCUCAUCUUCCCCUUCUCCCUUACACCUUCCUUCCUCCUUCCCGCCUCGGCUGGCUCCGGCGCACACUUCAACGAGCUCUCCUCCGCCCUCGCCUUCAUCCGCACCCACCCCUCCGUCAAAGUGGACAUCCUCCUCUUCGGCUUGACCGGCUCAAUCGGCCAGCUCUUCAUCUUCGCCACUCUCUCCCUCUACGGUUCACUCACCCUCGUCACGAUCACCGUCACGCGUAAGAUGGCGACGAUGCUGCUGAGCGUCUUCGUCUUCGAGCACCGCUUGACGAAGGGUCAGUGGGCGGGAGUUGGGAUGGUCUUUGGCGCGGUGGCGAUGGAGGCCAUCAUCGCUCGACGCGAGAAGAAGCACAAGAAGGCGGGCAGGAAGGAGGCGUAG